AAACAUUCCAUGCGGCUCAGCAGUUGGCGUGGUUACAUGUCAACAAGCGUGAUUCAAACCCAGUAGAGCGGAGCGAUUUGACUUGUUUAUUCAGGUAAAGCUCGAUCUUCUUUCAUCUAAACUGAUUGUACUUAUUGUUCGGUGUGUCAGUCUGUAGGAUAAUAAAAAUGUCAGCUCAGCCCACAAAGAUGGUGCGUGCCAAAGAGUGGAGUGAUGACGUAGAGGAGGCGUACAGAUUCCAGUUGGCGGGAUACAGGGACGCCCAGGACUACACUGUGUGUACAAAAGAAGAGGCUACAAGAUGGCCACAUAAUGGAUAUAUAAAGAAGCUAAUUCGUAAAGACGGAUGCUGGUAUUACUUCAACAAAAACAGAGAAUGUCCCGACAAAGAUGUACCCAAGUGCAAAUUAUACUCUUAUUAAUUAAUGACUGGUCUCUCUAGCUAGGUAUUACACAAUAAUUAUAAUUUGUAAAUACAAGACAAGUCUGCAUGUAAAAUCUGGCAAUUUUUUAGCUUGAAGUUUUAGAAUUAUGUGUGAGAGUGUUUGGAUAAUUUAUUUUAAAAAAUCUCAGAUUGCAACAAAGUUCAUGACGUGGGCAUCAUAAUUUUACAUACAUAUUGUAUCUAUUUAUAUUGUUUUCAUGUAUCAUUUAUCUAUUUCAUAAUUUUUUUUUCUAAAGUUGAAAUUGUAAAGGACCAGUAUUUUGCCUUGAUUGGCAAACGGAAUAAAAGUCACAAUUUUGUGAUUUUACAAAGCACUAUUGUGAACACUUAUUUAUAGAUUUUGUGGAAACACUUUAAGUUGUUGUAAAU